AUGAACUGGGACGACUUUCGCUUUUUUGCUGCGGUAGCUCGAGCGGGUAGCGUCCGUGGUGCAGCUGGCGAGUUGCAGGUGAAUCCGUCAACGGUUACCCGACGUCUGGAAGCGCUUGAGUCGCGGUUGGGGGUUAUGUUGUUUCUGCGCACAAAUACAGGUUUGCAGAUCACCGCCGAAGGCGCUGACGUUGCCAGGCAGAUUGAUGUUCUUGGUGAGCAGCUUAAUCAGCUGGAUGCUCAGUUACAGGGGCGAAAUCAACGUUUGGAAGGCAAGAUUCGCCUGGCUGUGCCUGAUGUACUCGCGGUAAGUUUUGUGUUGGCCGAUCUGGCGCAGUUCUGUGAACAGUAUGAUGAAAUUGAGCUGGAAAUCAUUCCUGUACAUGGCAACCUCGAUAUUGCCAAUGCCGACGUUGAUGUUGCUAUUCUGGCGACGGAAACCCCGCCGGACACAAUGGUUGGCAGACCCCUGUAUCAGGUGGCUGUGGCGGUCUAUGGCAGUCGUAAAUAUAUUGCCGAGCAUGACGUCUCCUCAGAAGAUGCUGCUGGUCUUGCUUGGAUUGACUGGGCAGCACGUGGCGAGGUGAUGGGUUUCUACGCCAGCCUGCGAGAACGGUAUUUUGCUCAGAGUCGGGUACGUAUUCGCUGCGAUCAGGUUUUUAUGCAGCAGACCUGCAUUCGGGUGCAUAUGGGCGUUGGUGUGUUGCCUUGUUAUCUCAGUGCUGAUCAAGGGCAAUGGCCUGAGCCUGAGCAGCUGCAACGGUUGCCGCAGAUGCCUGUGCAGAAAAGUCCGACUCUGUGGCUGCUGACCCACCCGGAGUUGCGCAAUGCCCGUAGGGUGCAACUGCUGGUGAGUUUGCUUCGUGAUGUUUUUGCCACCCGUCAGCAGGCUUUGCUGGAUGACUAUUUAUAG